AAUCAGACCGCAGAACUCGCACAGAACAGCACAAUCCCAGUUGAUUUCAUGUCAGCGACACAGCUUCUUCUACUGAUUCUCCAGUUUGGGGGCACAAUAGCUCUGCGCUGCGCUUGCACUACGUGUGCAAGACCGACAUGUAAAGCCGUCGACGUCGGCCGUUGUUACACACGCUACACGCUACAAGGCGAAAGUCAUAACCAGACGUUUCAGGUCGAACUGGGCUGCACAUCACGUGGAUUAAGCAUCUGCUCUAACCGACAAACAAACGGCCAGUACACGAAAUGCUGCAAGGGACGCAACUUUUGUAAUAGGCAAGAAACAGAAAGCAUCCCGACAGAGACAUCGUCGUCUCCUAAUGAAACGGAGCGACCUCCAGGAUUACUUGUCUGCAGUUGUAACACAUGUACUGGAUCCGACAGUUGCAUAGUCAAUACAAGAGAGGGUGGAAAAUGUGCACUAGACAUCGAUCACGAGCUUCAGGGGAAUGUCCAGAUGGGCUGUGCUAAACAAUCGCAACUGCAGUGCACACAUCCUAUCCGAUGUUGCUCCAAUAAACAUUAUUGCAACCGCCAGAUGCUCUAUGAUCUAGUCAAUGGCAUAACCACUGACCCUACAAGUCCAGACAAACCUGAUUCAGUGAUGACAACGGCAUAUGUACGAUCUGGCGAAUUUGAUUGUCACUGCAGCAACUGCACUAGUAACUCCUGCCGAACUAAUCAUUAUUGUGUAGCCGCCGUUAGUAAACAUAACACAGCAUACGGCUGCAUUGACAGCAGCAAUGAGAUUUUGACAACUUUGUGUCAAACCAAGAUGCCAAAUAUUUACUGCUGCAAGGGCAACAAAUGCAAUAAGAUUGAACGCCUCUUGCCAACUGCUGGUACUAACACUAGAACGAUAGUAGAAAAAGUCAUUGACAUCAAUACAGACUCAACUCAGUCGCACAACUGCAAAUUGAGUAAAAGUGAUAAUGCAAGUAGUGAUGAGUUGAAGGAUUCGGAGUAUGUUGUCAUCUUGGUGUGCAUCACUGUGCCGUCGUUCUUCAUCUUUCUCACACUCGUGUUCAUAUUCUGCUAUACAGUGCGGAAGUAUCACCGACAAUCAACAGCAAAAAGGACAACCAUCUCUACACAGAAUGGUGGAUCAAGAGUUAGUAAUGGAAAUGCUUGUAUUGGAGAUUCUGAUGAGUAGAGCUGAUGAUCAAUUGCUUAUUCUGAUGUUUAUUAAAUUAUGAUAUUAUGUUAUGAUUACAAAGUCUGACGAUGACAGAUAUAUUGGUUGUAUAUAAGAGAACUUAUAGAUAUUUUUACAAAAUGACGUGUUCUGCACAUGCAGAAAUCACGUGUUGCUCUUAGACACGGUUACUGACCAAAUGUUGUCAUAGAUGGAACUUGAA